AUGGAUUCUACACAGGACAUUACCAAAGUAGAUCAAGUUAGCAUCAUAAUUAGAUAUGUUAUAAUUGAUCAUGAAAAGCAUGUUUUGCAAGUUAAAGAAUCAUUCAUAGGAUUUUACAAAAUAGACCAACAUGGAGCACAAGAAUACGAAAACCUAAUUUAUAAAGUUCUUUCUGAUACCAAUUUAGAUAUAAAAAAAUGCAAAGGGCAAGGGUAUGAUGGGGCCAGUGUCAUGAAGGGUAUGUAUUCAGGAGUUCAGAAACGAAUUAUUGAUAAAGCUCCAAACGCCACAUAUGUUCAUUGUUGUGCUCACAAUUUGAAUCUGGUAAUAUGUGAUGCCGCUAAAAGUUCUUCAGAUGCUCUACGAUUUUUUGAAACAAUACAAUCUAAAUUUAAUUUUUUCAGCUCAAGUGCACCUCGUUGGGCACUUUUAGCUUUUGGAAAUGAAACCAAUGAUAUUCGUAAAAAAACACUUAAAAAACUUUGUCCAACACGUUGGGAAGCUCGACAUAAAUCGUUAUUUGCUCUUAAAGAAAGAUUUGUAGAUGUUUUAAAAUCACUUUCAAUGAUUUUUUUAACUAGUCAUAAGUCAGAAGAAAAAAUUGAAAAUAUUUUAAGGUCUACUCAAUGUGUAUCAAAAAUGUUACAAUCUCAAAAAAUGAAUAUUCAAAGUGCUUGUACUUUUCUAGAUCAAGCUUAUCAGUUAAUUUCGAAUCUUAGAAAUAAUUUUAAAGAUAUUUUAAAUACAGCAGAACUAAUAUGUUCAAAAUGGAAUAUACCUACAGAUUUUAAAACUAAGCGACAGGCAUUUGCUAAAUAUUAUUUCAAUGAAGUAGAUGGAGAUAGACUUUUAUUUCAAAUAUGUAGACGAUUUGAAGGAUUAUAUGAAGUUGCAAGUACGUUUAGUUUUUUAAAUCCUUCUUCAUUAAAAGAAAACAAUGAAGCUGAUAUCAUAAAAGCAUCUUAUGAUUUUGCUGUAAAAUAUGACAUUGACAUUAGUUCUGAUUUUACUCGACAAGUAUUGUCUUUUAAAUCAAUUAUUAAUCAAAUUGAAUUGCCUAAUAUCCUUAGUAUGAUAGGUGAUCAACAUUUUGGUCUUGGUAAGACAAAACAUUUUUAUGGUAGAACAAAUUACUAA